GGGAGGUUUCCGAGGCGGUGGGGGUGGGUUUGGUGCUGGAAGCAUGCCUCCCAUGGGCCUGUCCUUUGCCGAUAUACAAGCCAUAUCGAGGGAAGGGGACGCUCUGUAUCCUCCUUUGGAACCUCUUCCUGUUCUCAACGAGUAUUCUGAUGACGAAAAACGAAUAUGCGAUCUGCAAAUUGGAUUCGCAGCUAGAUUGAGAAAAUCUGCCUACUAUCUUGUCGAGGCGACCAAAUCAAAUGAGAUCGACCGUUAUUCAGACAAGUAUCGUCAGUCGGCUGCAUCACAGCCUACACUAAAGAAAAAAGAUCUCCAUGCGCCAUUCUUUCCACAAGAAAUACUGGAUGGAUAUUUCAACCCCAAGAAGAAGCGGAAAGUGGAAAAGAAAGCCACAAGCAAACGCAUGAAUAUCGAUGACCUGGCUGAAGAUGGAGAAGACCAGGAGAAAUCCGGAGACGAGCAUUCAGAUGUAGGUUCGCGAGUGGAAUCUGACUAUGAUGUGGAUGAGGAGUACGAUAAUGAUUAUGCGGAAAAUUACUUUGAUAAUGGAGAAGGGGAUGAUAUGGAUGAUUUGGGAGGUGGUGGCGGAGGCGAUGAGGGAGGAGGAGGAGGUGACUACGAUUAAAACGACAUGGUAAUCCAUGGAAUGCUAUUCAACCAUAAAAAGGGUUCUUAUGGCGAAUAGGUUCAGUACUGUGUAACUAACGGAUGUAGCAAAGCUGAUACCAAGUAAUUUAUACCUGUUGUAGCCAUGGCCUAUGCUAUAGACUGACUUUGGUCACGUGAACUGCG